AUGCUCAAUCACAUGUAAGAAGAAUAGCCUCCAUUAAAUUUUAUGAAACCAUCUUAUUAACCAGCAAUUUAAGGUCCUCGUAUAGCUGAAUCAAUAAUAAAUCAAUAACAAGGACUGGGAGGAGUCGCAAUUUAAAAUACAAGAUAAUUUUGGAAUGAGAAAGAAUAAAAUUGGUUGAGGUUGAGCGUAAAUUUGAAUCCAAUUGCAUUUGCAAAUUAUGAACUGUUUAAGAGUGCAAAUAUUGAUAUAUCAGAAUCUCCUAAUCCACUCUAAUGUUUAUUAUGCUUCAUCAUAAAAUUCAUAAUUUUGAUACUCUACUUUUUAACUCCAUAUUAUUAAACGAUUAAAUUAUAUGAAACUAUAGUGGUCUUAGGAGCAAUAGAUUUUUGGAUAAUUAAAAAUAUCAGUGGAAGGUAUGAAAAUUGAUAAAUUAGGAAAAUUAGUUGGACUACGUUGGUGGGUUGA